UUAAAUUAACUGUUUUUAUAUAGUGAUAAUUUACAAAAAUUAUUAUUAUUAAAUUAUCUGUUGACAUAUGUGAUAUAAUUAGCUUCAAUGUUUGUCAUAAGCAGACCGGUGUCUAAAAUAAAUUUUUUAUUAAUUAUAAAUAAUUACUAAUGGGGGGCGUUUUUUUAAUCUAGAUAUAUUGGGAUCCUCCUGCGAUAUGAUGUUACGUUUAAAAUUGGGAAGUUGUGCAAUAAUUUAUAUCUUUUUUAAAAAGUUAAAUAAUUAUAAAAAUUAAUGAAAUGGACGGAGUUAAUGGACAACUGCAGACUAAGUAUCAAAAAGUAGUCUCAGAAUAUUCAAAGAUACGUGCUCAGGCUAGUGUUCUUAAAAAGGCUGUGAUUGAUGAGCAGGCACGCAGUAGCGAGCUUAAAGAUCAGUUAAAAGAGAAAGAUGUUUCGUUGAGACGUGCAGAACAGGAAUUAGAUAGUUUAAUUUUUCGUAAUCAGCAACUGACAAAAAGAGUGACCGUUUUACAAGAUGAACUCGAUAAAAUGCAAAAUAAAUUGAAAAAAGGUAAAAGUAAAUCAUCUUCGGAAAAUAAAGAUCAGCCACCACCACCACCUAAUCAUGUUUAUGUUGAAGAAUUUCAAAAAAAAAUAGUAGAAAAUGCUCAACUUCAAUCAAUUAUUUCUGAUAAAGACAAUGAACUUGACGAACUUAGUGAUCGGAUAAAACAUCUUGAAUACAAGCUUGAUUUAUCUGAAAAAUCUAGAAUUGAAUUAGAUAGUAAAUAUCAAGAAAAAAUUGAUAAAUUAGAACGAGAUAAAAAUGAAAUAUUGAAGAAAUUAAACGAUCGUCAAAAGCACGAUGAAACUGUAUCGUGGUCAAGUAUAGAAGGGAAAUGGGGUUACGAUUCUGAAUUAAAAACGAAUUUAGUAAAUCAUCGUCAAACGGAUCAUUCACCUUUUUCAUCACCAUCUGUUUCCCGUCGGUCAUCAAAAUCAGCAAGUGAUAUAAGAUUUCAAAAAACACCUGAAUAUCAAGAUGAAUCUAAUAAUGAAUUUGAAUACUCUAAAAUUUAUGAAUUAGAAAAAGAAUUAAGCCAAUACAAAAUUGAUUAUCAUAUUUUGAAACAUAAAUAUGACGAAUUACAGCAGAAAAAUAGUUUUGUUACACAUCAGUCUGAUUCAAAUACUUUAGAGCCAGUUGAAAUCAGCAACAUGAUUGGGAGCUUGAAAGCUCCGUUUGCUUUGCCAGAUGAAGUUGAAGCUCGUGAAGCUAAAAUAAAGGAUUUUUACCUACGUGAAAUUGAUAAGCUAAUAACAGAAAAACAAAUUUAUCAUGCUAAAAAUCUUGCCAUAUCUGCCACUAACCAAGUAAUGAGUGUUCAUUUAGAUACAAGUGAAGAAAAACGUAAAAAAUGUGAAACAGCUUUAUUAGAAGCUCUAUCAAAUUGGUCUAGUUCCCAAGAAGAUAAAGAAGUUCAAGAAGGAAGUUAUUCUACUCAACUAAGUACAAUGACAGAACAUCUUGCUAAUAUGAAUGAAAAACUUAUUCAACAAACUGAAGAAAUUCAGCAACUGAAAUACGAACUAAGCAAUAAAAAUGGAAAAAAAGGAAAGCAAAAAUAGUCGUAAUUAAUGUUAUGAAUUAACGACAUUCCAUUAAUAAAAUUCUUUAAUAUUUAACAAUUGAUGUACAUAAAUGGAAAUCUACAGCAAAAAACGAAAAAUUAUUAAUAGUAUCUUCGCAUUACUUUUGUGAAUACAUGAUUUUUUAAAGUUAUAAUUAAUUUAAUAUAUACAUUUUUAUUAUUAUUCUUAUUUUACUAUUUUUUCCGAAUUUUUAUUAUUAUUCUUGUUAAGAGGUCAUUCUACUUUAAAUGCAUAACAAAUAGUGCUAUUUUUAUUAAUUUUUAGUAAUUCUUUCUUAAGAAAGCUGUUAUGUUCAUUAAUGUAAAAUUUGUUAGGCUCAACAAAAACAUUCAUAAACUACAAAAAAAAAAAAUUUAUUGAUUUUAGCCCCUCUUUUAGGGUAAAAACGACAGAAACAGGAGUCCUCAAAAAGUAGAUAGUUCCGCGCUGUUGAAAAAAUCUCAGAAACUUCUGAACCAAUCCUUGUGAAAUUUUAACUGCAUAUUCUGUACACUUAUCGCUAUAUCCCCUAACAGAAUUAUUGCAAAAUUCAUAUGUUUAAUUAAUUUUUUUGUGAAAAAUCACGCAAAAAAAAACGUAUUUUUUUUACGGACAUUUUAUUAUUUUUGCACAAAAAUUAAUAUUUUUGCUACGGGAUAUAGCUAUAAGUGUACAGAAUAUGCAGGAAAAAUUUCAUAGAAAUCAGUUUAGAAGUUUCUGAGAUUUUUUCAACAGCGCAGACCUAUCUACUUUUUGAGGACUCCUAUUUAACUGUCUUUUUUAUCCU